UACUAGCCACCGUUUGCUUCUCAUCAUGGCGUCCAAUUUCCCAGGAGAGAGAGAUGAAAAGGUCAAGCUCCAAACUAAAAAAGGUCAUGACAUGACAUGGUCAUGUGACAAACACGGGGAGCCAGUCAAAUAUUACUGCAAAGAGCACAACAUCCCCGUUUGUUAUCCAUGCGCUACAAAAUAUCAUAAGCCGUGUGAGCUAGACGACAUCGAGAAUGUCAUCUUGGAGAAGAAGGGGAAACUGGAUGACAAGCAGCAAGAGAUAGAGGAAAUGAAGAAACAACUGAAAGCGCUUGACUCUAAACUACAGUCCACUGCAACCUCUGCAAGUAAUCAUUUUCAAUCAGUCAACAAUGAACUUAAGACGGCAUUCGAAGACAAAUUAAAGAUUGUGAAAGACAAAGAGAAACGAUCGAUUCGUUCGAUCGAAGAGGAGGCGCAUAAAGAAAUACAAACAAAUAACGAAAAGAGGGAAAGACGGAUCAAAUCAUGUCACGAAGAAGCAGAACAACAACAACUAACCAUCACAAAACGCCAAGCAAAAGUCGAAUCCGAGACAAAGGCAAUCAGCGAGGUGGUUGCUAAACAGAUAAAAGAUCUCACAAGUAAGAAUCAGCAUGCAAUCAGCAAUAUAGAUCAUGUUGAAGGCAAGAUCAAACAAAUACAAAAAGAUGACAAAACAUUGGUGAAUGAAGCUCCUCAAGUACUUGCAUCCCUGGAUGACAAUUUAAGUUCAAAUGUUCAUCAAUAUGUUAGCGACUGUCUUGACAGAAUACAACGUGAAGUUCAGAAAGUGAAGUUUGUUGAGGGUGAAGUAGGUGGUGAACACUACAGGAGAAUUGAUGGCUAUAUCGGUAAAUGGGAGCUUGUCAAGUCAAUCCACAUCCCAUCGAUCGUGUAUUACCCUUUGAUGCGUGGUUUGAUCAGUGAUGAUGAGAUAUGUAUGUUUGACGUAAAGAACAAAGUCACGUAUGUUGCAAAUAUCAGCACUGAACACACACAGAAAGUCAUUGAAGGAGAUGGUAACGUGUGCAUUACAUCAUGCACCAUCAUGGACAGCAACAUAAUAGUAUGUGGUAAGGGGAAUCGAGGCUGCACGGGUGACAGCUUGGAUGGAUGCAUCACUCUCUAUGACAGACAAUGGAAGGUGAUUAGAGACAUCACCAUACCGAGGAAUAUAAGCUCUGAUAAUACUUCUGUGUACGUUGAUGUUGACAGGGAUGGGAUGAUCCUCGCUGCUCAGAAAAUCCAGUCUAAUAUCUACGUCAUCAACCCUGAUGAUGGUAGGAUAGUAAACACUAUUACGCUGCAGGGCAAGGUUUUGUGGGGUAAGAUGCAAGCCUUGUCAUCAGGUGAUAUAGUUAUUAGGACAAAUAAAUAUGAAUUCACUGUCAUCUUGCGAUCAGGAGAAGAGAAGGUUGCCAUAUAUUGUGAUGAGUGGUGCGCGUCAUGUUGUCAAGUUGACAAACUGACAGACACACUCUACAUCACAUACUGGGAUGGUGAGCGUUCUAUCUACGCAGUUGAUCAGGUGUCAUGUGAUGGUAUCAUCCAGGCAAGGAGGAUCGUGAAACAUGAGAGAUCAGACCGAUGCUCCUUCAUUAACCCAUGCAUCGUUACUCCUUUUGGUAACCUUGUAGCUUGUGGCGGAGACCAGCUUUUUGUGUACAAGAAGAGAUUCAUUAUGUAAUUCAUCAGAAGAAAUUAAUUGAAUUCCCCAUACUGCAGGUGUAUUUGACCUGAACGGAAUAUAGGCUAAUCCGAUUGUUCAUAUAAAUCAGUUGAAGUUAAGGAAUAUGUAUUUUUCACGAUGGAAUUUGUUUUCAGUUAUUGCAUUUGCUAUCGGAUUAUUUCUACUUUAUAUUAAUUUGAAAUUUCGGUGCUUUAGAAGUUGCUAUCAAUAUUCUUACCUGGAAUAAAACAAUAAAAUAUCACCUUUAAUUAAUUACAAUAUAUUAAUUUCUUAAUAUGAUAAUGGAAAUUAUAAUCAGACUAGUUCAUAAAUUUCUGUAAUAAAUGACCAACGCGUUUUCAAUAGUAUUUCUGGGCUAUGAUAAAGACCGGAUGAACCAAAAUAUCUGAUUUUUGCUGGUAAUCCCUAUUUUCGAUUGAUUUAGAGUCAAUUAAAUUGUUUUUUUAAGUUUUCACAUGGACCAACAUUUCAAUGGAUAAUGGGAUUGUAUUUAAGCAUUGAUUGUGAAAUGAAAACUCAAUCUUAAAGAAGAAAAA